UCAAUUUUGUCAAGUUUCAAUACUUUGUACAGACAGUCGGUUCAUACAAUAAUUCAACUCAUGUGAGCAAAGCAUGGCCUGUAGUCCAUGUUUUUCUUCAAAUUCACACGGUUUGGAAAAUUAUAGUGAAAUUAACAAGUAACUACUAAUUGUGAUGUUUCAUUCAAACAGAGCGGUUCAUUCAUUUUAGACUUAUACGACUGAAUGUAGAUUGUUUCUAGAGGUUUGGACAAAAUGAAAUAUCCAAAAACAAAAGGAAACAAAAAAAAAAAAAAAACGCCACAAUAUAUAGAGAACAACACGUAUGGAAAAAGAUAUUCAUAUGUAUACAAAAUUGCGUAAACAUUAUAUUAUUUAAGGUUCGGUCCAUGAGACAGGGAAUUUGUUGCUCAAGUGAUUAAAAACAUUUACUUCUAUACCGGUCCUAAAUUAGAUUAAUUAUCCCUCUCCCACUAUCGCUUGUAUCAAAUAAUAAAAUUAAAAUAAAAAGCUCGGGCCAUGAACUGUGCUGGCUGUCGUAUUAUAUUGAUAUUAAACAACACAUUAUUUAGAAAUUCACAUAAUCGAAUAUCCAAUGCACAUUUCCUGCCUUGGUAAUUAAAAAAAAGAAAAAAGCGAUACCCUAUCCUGACAAAGCAGCGAGGUAUUAAAUUGCUUCAUUAAUAUGUAAUAGGCGGCCAACUUGUCUCCAAACACCAACGUUACGUAUAUAUAUAGUUUGCUAGUGGCAGCGUUUAGAUACAACAGAAGCGGUAUUGCGCAGCAGCUAAAGAAGCAGAGGAGCGAUGAAGCUUUUAGUCAAACUUGUGAUGAUGCCCUGCGGAGAAUAUUUUGGAAGGAAAUGGAAUUUACUUGACAUAGUCACCGCUGCUGUGUUUCUCACUAUGCAUUGCCUUUGUGUGAUGGCGCCCUUUCAUUUCACCUGGCCUGCGCUUUGGGUGGCCUUUGCUCUCUAUGCUGUGACGGGGGUAGGAGUUACUCUGUCUUUCCACAGACAUCUUGCUCACAGGAGCUUUCGUAUUCCGAAAUGGCUCGAGUACUUGUUUGCCUAUUUCGGGGUUCUCUCACUUCAGGGAAGUCCAAUAGAAUGGGUGAGCUCACACCGAUAUCACCAUCAGUUUACUGAUACUGUGAAAGAUGUUCAUAGCCCUCUUCAAGGUUUUUGGUUUAGUCACAUGGGUUGGAUCCUCGAUAGCGGCUCUCGGUUUGGAAAAUAUGGAGGACUGAAGAACGUUGAAGAUUUGAAACGGCAAGCCUUCUAUAGGUUUCUGCAUCAUACUUUUCUUUUGCAUUCUUUUCUACUAGGAACUUUACUCUAUGUCGUCGGUGGAUUGCCCUUCUUGACAUGGGGAAUGGGGGUGAGGAUGGUAUGCCUUUUCCACAGUACUAUGUUAGUAAAUUCGGCUGGCCACAUGUGGGGACAACAAGUAUAUCACACUGAUGAUACGUCAAGGAACAAUUGGUGGUUGGGAUUGCUUGCACUUGGAGAAGGAUGGCACAAUAAUCACCAUGCUUUUGAUUACUCAGCUCGACAAGGUCUUGAAUGGUGGCAGAUUGAUGUUACUUGGUAUGUAAUAAGAUUUCUUGAAGCAAUUGGAUUGGCAACAGAUGUGAAAACUCCAACUGAGGCACAGAAGGAAAGAAAAGCUUUACACCAGAAAACCAUGGCUACUCAGAAUUAGGCUUCAAAGCAACUUCCUAUCCGCCAUAAACAGAAACAGAAGUUUGGUGUGCUUCUUAGUAUUCAAAUGGUUUGUGUACCGAGUUUUGAUCUCAAAUUAUGUGGCAGAUACCACUCACAAUCGCAUAUAUAUAUAAUUACUAAGUUGAAUUGAAUGA